AAUUUUCGCAUGUUUCUUAUAUAUUUGUUUCAGCUGUUAUUAUUUUUAGUGUCUCAACUUUUGAAAUUGUUAUUUUUUAAAUGUAUGCGUCCUACAUCAAUGCAUCAACUUAUUGCCUAGAUCCUGUAUAGAUUUUUUAAGUAUUUUUGCAUUAGAGAAACAUAAUUUCCAUGGUGAAGCAAAAUGAAUAAACAAAUAUGAAUAUUCUGGUAUUGGGCGUUUUCAUUGCAAAUAUUGGCUGCAAUACGUAUGCUCAAGAGAAUAAAGACAUAUUUUUGUCCAAAUCCUUCGUAAAUGAAGGUGAACCUCUUACAAUACUGUGUGCCCUUUCGCUUAUGAAUUUGUCUACACAAAAACAUCUUUUUAUUGACACGAUGUAUCUUAAAAAGUUCCAAACCAGUGGAGAGCCAAAAAUACUAGCUAUGUAUUAUAAAUAUGGUGUGGGAAAUUCAGCAAAAGUUAUUUAUGUUCCUGAAAGCAAGAAAUGGAAUUUUACCAUGAAAGGAAUAGACCAGGCUGUAAAUAACGAGGCGCAGAUCGUCGCAACAUUUUUUACUUCCAAUGAGGAUAGUGGCAUAUAUUUAUGCUCAAUAGACGCACUAAAUAUGAAUAGUUUUUACGAAAAUAAUUUUAAAAUUAAUGGAAGUCUCGUAGUAAGACGUACGAAAGAUCAUUUAGGUGCAUCAUCAUUCGGAAAACGCUUCCACCUUGCGUUUCCUGAGUUAUAUUCUGAAGUAAACUGUUCAAUGUAUACUAAAGAAUUUAAAUCUUUCAAGGUAACGCUAACAACUGCAUGGUACUCUAAAGAGGUGAAGCCUGUUAUCUACAUGCUAGAAAAUAGUCAUCCGACAAACGCUAUUCUUAUGCUACCAGUUUCAACACAAAAUGUCUACCAGCUCAGAUUCACGUACAUUUUGGAAGCAGAGUACGAAUUUCAAGUCAUGUGUUACUCCCUGAAUAGCCGCACGGUCCCACAUUCGGUCAUGAUGGCCGUUCCAGUGAAGGGAUUUGGCAGGGUCUUUAUCGUACCAUCGAUACCCUUUCAGCCUUCUGUUCAGGUUAUUUCCGGAGAAGAAGAUUUAUCCGUGACUGUUGAAAUAUCAUACACCACAAAAGAUGGCAAACAGGUGAAAAGUUUUCUAACUCAAAAAGAUUCCAAAGGAAUAAUAUAUUUGAUAAGAGGAUAUAAUUCGUUGAGUGUUGAGCUUUGCAAAUAUAAAGACAAGAACUCACCCGUGACAGGCGCUAUGUUAAAGGGAUCAACACAAUUCGGAGCUAUUAUUGGAUCGUGUAUGGUAGAACCCAGAUGGAAUACAACUGAUGAAUGUUCUCCAGCCUUUGAUAUAGGUACGCUAAGAAAGAGUUCUUAA